AUGUCUUUUUCGCGUCUGUUGACAACAAAAUUUGGAGCCGUGUCGCGGGCGACACGGCCAGCUUCCGCAGCUCGUAUGUUGCGGGUCUCAUCGUUUGCGGCCCCUGCUGCUGUUGCUCUUCCUUUUACUCAACGCCGUUUUGCUUCUAUGGAAAGUGACAAUGGGCUCUUUACCGCUCCAAAUGACAAGUUGACACAGAUGACUCAAAAGCUUCAAAAGGCUAUCGAGCGUGACUCCGAGAUGCAGCAGACGCUGUAUGACAUGACCGCCUUUUUCCAGAAGAAGGGAAUUGAGCCUGGUACGAUGCCCUCGAAGUCCAAGCUGUUGCGACUCGUACUGGAUCCCGAGUUUCGCAAGUACGCUCAAGCUCUGAAAGCGUUUCUUGAAAAGGCCGGCAUCCAGACUGAUCCCGAGGUUCUCUCUGAGAUGAUGAAGCAGCUGAAAUAA